AUGCAGCCCGUGCGCCACCACCGCCGGCGGAAAUCCCCUGGCGCCAAGCUCAAGCAUGUGUGCGCGCUGCUGCUGGUGACGACCUCCUUGUGCCAAGUUGACGCCGUCAUUGACGUCGCCGCGCAGCUCCACCAGAUGCAGCAGCGCAGUGCAGCGAGUGGGAGCGCAGCGGACGCCGCCGCGCCCCAGGUCGUGCUUAGUAACGUACCGGACUCGCUGCUCGUGCGACUCGCGGAGAAAUCGGUCCGAUGGGACUCACUCUCCGGCUACCUGCAGCGCGCGCUGCUCUGGGAUACAGGACUCGUGAUGACCAGCGGCGGCAGGUUGGUGCAGGUGUACGCGCCGUGCAACGAGUCCAUGUCGGUGAUCUUGACGCCUUUCGACGCGUACAAAGGCAAGGACUGUCGGAUGGAAACGUGCGACUUGACGGGGCUGUACUUUGCAGGUUCGACAUGUUCGCGCACGACCGUGUGGAAGGCGGCGCAGUGCGGAAUUGCAGCAGUGGAGAAGAACGCGACGGAUAUUGAGAACGCUGAAGCAUCAACGUUGUGGUCUGAAGACGGAGAUCUGGCGGGCGUCCCGGAUAUUCGACUGUACAAGCACGUACAGGACAAUAGCUCAGGCUCCGCUGGCGUUCAUGAAGUCAUCGGUUCAGGCUCUGAAGACGACUACACAAUUGAGGCCGACGUUCUCUUCACGAUCAACCAGAUCGCGCCGCUGCCGUGGAACAUCGAGAGCUGCCCGGGAGACUCGUUUUUCGUCGCUCCCUGUGUGGAGUUCGGAACCCCCGACGAGGACCCUUUCAACCCCUGGUGUCUUCCUUCUCGGGGCGGGUUUGUUGACCUGUGGCUCGAGAGCGAGAUUUCGGGUGAGGACAUGUCGACUGGUAGCUCAGCAACGUCAGCCUCAGCGCUCUCGACUGACGCCAGCUCGAGUAUUUCCGGUGAUACAGUCAUUCUCGUGGUACUUUUCAUCCUACUCGCAGCGGCCGUGGGAGCUCUUAUCGCGGUGCAGGUGAACCGAAAGAAGAAAGACGACGACAAGAGCACCGUCCCUCGGAAUUCUCUCAAUGAAUCUCGACGGCGGCGGUCGAUUGAGUUGGCAACGUUCUGCAUCGACGCGAGAAUUACGUCCAAGCGCAUUGCAUACGACUGCCUCACAUUUGACAAGCUUAUUGCCCGUGGAGCUAACGGAGAAGUCUGGAAGGGUACUUGCGGGUCUCAGAUCGUGGCCAUCAAGCAGCUCCUGCCGGAAAAGCGUCACGAUGAGGAUAACGUCAUGCUCUUCGCGAAUGAGGUGCGACUCGCAUCCACUCUAGAGCAUCCCAACAUCGUGCGAUUUGUCGGUUUAUCCUGGAACCGCGUGUGCGACUUGUGCAUCGUUUCCGAGUUCAUGGAGCAGGGAGAUCUGUCCAUGCUGCUCAACUCAAAGCGCAAGGAUGAAUUGUCCUGGUGCAAGGAAAAGCUUGGCAUAGCCACGGAUAUCGCCGAGGCAUUGGCGUACCUGCACGGCCGACAGCCGAUCAUCAUCCACCGCGAUCUCAAGUCUCUCAACGUCCUGCUGGACAGUCGGCUGCGCGCGAAGCUGAGCGACUUCGGUCUCAGUCGCGAGCGUUCGUCGGACGACACGAUGACCAACGGCGUGGGCACUUUGCUCUGGACGGCGCCCGAGAUUUUGCGCGGUGAGGCCUACAGCGAGAAGGCGGACGUGUACUCGUACGCCAUCGUGCUAUCCGAGCUGGACACGUGUUUGCCGCCCUUCACACUCAACGCGGAGGUGAGCGAGCGGCACCUGACCACGAUGCAGCUCAUGCACCUUGCCACGUCGGGCCAGGUCCAGCCGCAGCUGCGCGAGGACUGCCCCGCGCCGCUGCAGCAGCUCACAACGGCCUGCGCCUCCUUCGAGCCCAGCCAUCGGCCCAACGCGCUGGAGAUCGUCUUCACGCUGCGCAACAUCGCCCGCAACAUGAGAUACGACACUGCCAGCUAA